ACGCCCCCCACAUGAGUCAGGUCAAUCCCCUCCCACAGAACAAUAUAAGUAGUCAUAGUCUGCAGGGCAACCCCCCUCCCCCCACCGCUGUGUGCAGAACCCCUUCUGGGGUCUCCCCUCCCACACCGCUAUGACGUCACACAUCAGACUCGGGACGAUCCCCUCCCACACCACUAUGACGUCACACAUCAGACUCGGGACAAUCCCCUCCCACACCGCUAUGACGUCACACAUCAGACUCGGGACAAUCCCCUCCCACACCGCUAUGACGUCACACAUCAGACUCGGGACGAUUCCCUCCCACACCGCUGUGACGUCACACAUCAGACUCGGGACAAUCCCCUCCCACACCGCUAUG